AUGGAGGUUGGUACGGGUGUAACAAAUGCAUUGAUUAAUGCACGAAAAGCUAUCGAUAAAUCUUUUUCUGGUGAAGUAGAGGAUGUUCCCAUAUUAUCAACUAGUGUAGCCUAUGGAGUUUAUAUGGCAGUUUCUAGCAAUCUAAGAGAACAACUGACACCAGCGGCUGUCAAAUGGAGUCUUCAAGAACUCAGUGCAAAGCUUCAUCAUCUAAAGAACAACCAGAUAAAGAUAAAAAGCACUAAAGCUCAAGAGGCGGAUGAUGCUGCUCAAGAAGUCAAUGAAGAGAAUGAUGAUGAUGCUGAAGAAGAAAAUGAAGAGGAGGAUGAUGCUACUGAAGAAGUGAAUGAAGAGCAUGAUGAUGCUACUGAGGAAGAAAAUGAAGAGGAGGAGGAUGCUGAAGUGAAUGAAGAGCAUGAUGAUGCUGCUGAACAUAAAGUCCAGCAACACCACCAGCUACAAGAUGACCACCAAAUUGAAAUCCCAGAAUACCAGAAUUCAACGUUGCUUCAGGAAAUUGUUAGAUCAGUCCUAGAAUACAAGGAGGAUGAAAUACAGCUUACAAAAGAGUAUAUGAUAAAUAUCAAUAAUGCUGCUGAAUAUUGGACAAAGAAAAGAGAGCAUCAAAAGGUCCAUGAUGCAAUAGCAUCCUGCAUAAAAAAGAAUAAAUUGAUUCGGAUGCUAUAUAAUGAAAAAGAAGAAUUAAGGAAGCAUCAGCAGCAAUUGCAGAAGAUGGUUAAGGAAGCAGCAUAUCACAAGAAUUCCAUACAACUUGAUGUUUAUGAGGAAAAAUCAUACAUGACAAAGCUGCAGCUAGAAAAUGAUCAACUUCUUGCAGAGAAGAUUUCCUACUUGGAUAUUAUUAUGAAAAGGAAGUUGUCAUUGCCUUGUUGA